CCCCGCCUCUCUUCGCCGUCUUCUGCAGGCGGGCGCUUCCUACCAGGCCACCAUGGUGACCCUUGGCCUGUCCCGCGUCGACGACGCCGUGGCCGCCAAACACCCGGGACUCGGGGAAUACGCUGCGUGCCAGUCAAACGCCUUCAUGAAGGGCGUGUUCACCUUUGUCACAGGAACCGGCAUGACCUUCGGCCUGCAGAUGUUCAUUCAGAGAAAGUUCCCGUACCCGAUGCAGUGGAGCGUGCUGAUGGCUGUGGUUGCAGGCUCUGUGGCAAGCUAUGGGGUGACAAGAGUGGAAUCGCAGAAAUGCAGCAACCUCUGGCUCUUCCUGGAGACAGGGCAACUUCCCAGAGACAGAGGCACAGGAGGAGAUCAGGACACAAACAUGCACAGAGAGACAACUCCCUGAGGGCCCAGGGAAAAGACAGUGUCUGUAAGCCAAGGAAUCAGGCCUCAGGGAAACCAGCCUUUGGCACCUGGAUCCUAGACUUCAACCUCCGGGACUGAGAAUAAACUUGUGUGAGCCACUA